CGAACGCGCAGCCGGGAGAGCCGAGUCUCCUGCCUCCCGCCCCCUACCACUCCAGCGCCUGCUCCUCCUCCGUUCCCCAUACACAGACACGCUCACACCCGCUCCUUCACUCGCACACACAGACACACGCGCGCUCACACGCUCCACACACACACUCCACUCUCUCGCGAGCGCUCACACCCCUCUCGCCCGGCGCCCUCGCCGGUGCCGCGCGGCGCCGCAGCCGGACGCCCCUCCUGGGCUCACUUUGCAACGCUGACAGAGCGGGCAGUGGCCGUGGAGGUGGGAACCGCAGCGACAUCCUACCCCCGGGUCGCAGCAGGAGACUGGACGCCGGCGGAACCUCUCGGCGGCGCUCUCCCAUGAGUUGGGAUCGCAGCAUCCCCCGCCAGCCGCUCACCGCCUCUGGGAGCCGCUGGGCUUGUGCACCGCAGCCCUUCCGGGACAGCAGCUGCGACUCUCCCCCAGUCCAGAUUUCGGGGCCGCUCUCUAGAAACUCGCUCUAAAGACGGAACCGCCACAGCACCCAAAGCCCACUGCGGGAGAGCGCAGCCCGACAAGCCCGGGCUCUGAGCCUGAAUCCUCAGCAAAGCCGGGCUGCACAGCGACUGCUUCGCCUAGUCCGACAUCCCCGCCUCCUACACUCUCAGCCUCCGCUGGAGAGACCCCCAGCCCCACCAUUCAGCGCGCAAGAUACCCUCCAGAUAUGCCCUGCGUGCAAGCCCAAUAUAGCCCUUCGCCUCCGGGGUCCACUUAUGCCACGCAGACGUAUGGCUCGGAAUACACCACAGAAAUCAUGAACCCCGAUUACGCCAAGCUGACCAUGGACCUCGGUAGCACAGGGAUCAUGGCCACCGCCACGACGUCCCUGCCCAGCUUCAGUACCUUCAUGGAGGGCUACCCCAGUAGCUGCGAACUCAAGCCCUCCUGCCUGUACCAAAUGCCGCCUUCCGGGCCACGGCCUUUGAUCAAGAUGGAAGAGGGCCGUGAACACGGCUACCACCACCACCACCACCAUCACCACCACCACCAUCACCAGCAGCAGCAGCAGCAGCCGUCCAUUCCUCCUCCCUCUGGCCCUGAGGACGACGUCGUGCCCAGCACUUCCAUGUACUUCAAGCAGUCUCCGCCGUCCACGCCAACCACUCCAGUCUUCCCCCCGCAGGCGGGGGCGCUGUGGGACGACGAGCUGCCCUCGGCGCCUGGCUGCAUCGCACCGGGCCAGCUGCUGGACCCGCAGAUGAAGGCGGUUCCCCCAAUGGCUGCCGCGCGCUUCCCGCUCUUCCACUUCAAGCCCUCGCCGCCGCACCCUCCAGCGCCCAGCCCAGCGGGCGGCCACCACCUCGGCUACGACCCCACAGGCGCCGCUGCACUCAGCCUGCCCCUAGGAGCUGCGGCCGCCGCCGGCAGCCAAGCUGCUGCACUCGAGGGCCACCCUUACGGGCUCCCGCUGGCCAAGAGGACGGCCACGCUGACCUUCCCACCGCUGGGCCUCACAGCCUCCCCUACGGCGUCCAGCCUGCUGGGAGAGAGCCCUAGCCUGCCAUCGCCACCCAACAGGAGCUCAUCAUCCGGCGAGGGCACCUGUGCGGUGUGCGGGGACAAUGCUGCCUGCCAGCACUACGGGGUACGCACCUGCGAGGGCUGCAAGGGCUUCUUCAAGAGAACCGUGCAGAAAAAUGCAAAAUAUGUUUGCCUGGCAAAUAAAAACUGCCCAGUGGACAAGAGACGCCGCAAUCGAUGUCAGUACUGCCGAUUCCAGAAGUGUCUCAGCGUCGGCAUGGUUAAAGAAGUCGUGCGUACAGAUAGUCUGAAAGGGAGGAGAGGCCGGCUGCCUUCCAAACCAAAGAGCCCACUGCAGCCGGAGCCCUCGCAGCCUUCCCCACCGUCUCCUCCCAUCUGUAUGAUGAAUGCCCUCGUCCGUGCUUUGUCAGAUGCGACACCCAGAGAUCUGGAUUAUUCCAGAUACUGUCCCACUGACCAGGCCACUGCAGGCACAGAUGCCGAGCACGUGCAGCAGUUCUACAACCUCCUGACGGCCUCCAUCGACGUGUCCAGGAGCUGGGCAGAAAAGAUCCCGGGAUUCACUGAUCUCCCCAAAGAAGAUCAGACGUUACUUAUAGAAUCAGCCUUUUUGGAGCUGUUUGUUCUUAGACUUUCCAUCAGGUCCAACCCUGCUGAAGAUAAGUUUGUGUUCUGCAAUGGACUUGUCCUGCAUCGACUUCAGUGCCUUCGUGGAUUUGGGGAGUGGCUCGACUCCAUUAAAGACUUUUCUUUAAAUUUGCAGAGCCUGAACCUUGAUAUCCAAGCCUUAGCCUGCCUGUCAGCACUGAGCAUGAUCACAGAGCGACAUGGGUUAAAAGAACCAAAGAGAGUGGAGGAGCUAUGCAGCAAGAUCAUGAGCAGCUUAAAGGACCACCUGAGGAAGGGGCAGGCCCUCGAGCCCACCGAGCCCAAGGUUCUCCGUGCACUGGUGGAACUGAGGACGAUCUGUACCCAGGGCCUCCAGCGCAUCUUCUACCUGAAGCUGGAGGACUUGGUGGCCCCACCUUCGAUCAUCGACAAGCUCUUCCUUGAUACCCUGCCUUUCUGAGCAGGGAACCCCUUGCUCUGCUGGCAAUUGAUCACUGAGCUAGCUAAAGGAUGGAUUUGAACACCCACCACUCCAUCCUUCCUUCAGGGGAAAAGCAGCUUCCAUAGAAAGCAAAGACUUUUUUUUUUUUCUGGUACCUUUCCUUACAACCUAAAGCCAGAAACCUUGCAGAGUAUUGUGUUGGGGUUGUGUUUUAUAUUUAGGCUUUGGUGGGUGGGGUGGGAGGGGGUCUAUAGUCCAUGAGGCUUUUCUAAGAAAUUGCUGACAAGGCACUUUUGGAUGAUGCUAUCCCAGAAAGUGGGGGAAGGAUAAUACAACUGUUUAAAAACUCUUUCUGGGGAAUACAAUUACGGUUGCUUUGUAUUUCAAAACAAGACCAGCCGAGGGCUGCUCACCAGGGUAGACUGUGUCUUAAGACUGAUCCCUUUGGGAUAUACUUCCUGUAUCAAGGGUACAUACAUCAUGCAAGCAAGGCAGAAAAGUCCUUUUUCUUCAUUUCUUUCUUCUUCUUUAUAAAAACAAAAACAAAUGGCAAAAAAAAAUGGAAGAUUAUCUACAAAUCAGACUUAGCGAAAUGAUAAUGGCUGUUUGCUUCCAUAUACAAGUGCAAUUUUUUAAAGUGCUGUCUUACUAAGUCUUGUUGGCAAACUCUCCCUUAUUUUAUAUGAAAAUAAGGAGGCAGUCAUGUUAGCAAAUGACACGCUCAUUUACCUAGCAAAGGCUUGAUCCACCUGCCCUGUAGAACCCUUCGGAGGUGCGACCCACCUAAGACUUGCAGGUCACUCUUGAUGGACUUUGACCCCUGAUGACUAUCCAGCUGACCUGAAGGGGGUCAGGUUAUAAAAUGGGUUGCGUACAACUGCAUUUGUUGUAUUCUAUCAACCUGGACAGAGAUCUCUAGUCCUACUAAGGUUGUAGCCAACUUCUGGUUUAUCCAUUCAGAAGCCCUAGAAGUGUUGGGUGAAAUCAAUCAAGUUUUUGCUUCCCCUCAAGGAGAACAUGCAAAUGAGUAGGAACUGGGUCACACAGGGUAAGCACCAGAGGUGAUAAGGAUUUAAAUAUACAUAUAUGUAUAUAUAUACACAUCUAUAUAUAUACACAUAUAAAAUUUAAUUUUUGUUAUUGGUUAAAGAGACAAUUUUGGAAAGCAAGCGAAUCAUCU